AUGCCCAAACCAAGGUCCGGCACCAGCACCGCAACGGCCUCUCCCCACAGUGAUGUACCCCUUCACAGUAAAAAACACGGUGAUGUACCCCUUCACAGUAAAAAACAGAAAAAGCCUCCACUCUCUCUGGAGGAGGUCCGCCGUAAUGGAUAUUAUGUACAAAUGUCCGUGGACGAUCUCGUGGCCUACGAGUAUGUGGAUGCCCAUCAACAAUGGCAGUGGGGUCUCGCCACUGUAGCCGCCCUGCCAGGCCCGCGUCUGGUGCAACUUCUCCUCUGGCGCAGCGAUGAUGCCCUUCUCAACAGUGAAAAUAAUAAUUUAUUUUCCCCGGAGGAGGCGAAGGGCCGACUGGCGGCGUUGGAGGAGUCGCGGGCGGCGGUCUCGGCGGAGGCGGCGGUUCUCAACCGCACGUUGGCCGCCCAACGCGCCACGUACGCGGCGAAUCGCCGGGCCGUUGAGGCCGACGCCAUUUACGCGGCCCGCGUUCUCGCAGAGGCCCGACUGCGGCUGCGGGAAAUUGACGCGAGUGACUGGCGGGAGAUCCGGGCGUAUCACAACCCGCCGGCGAUGGUGGUGUUGGUGAUGGAGGCGGUGCUGACACUACUGGGCGUGCGUGUGAUGUCAUGGCCGCAGAUUAAAGGGUAUAUUCGCGGAAAUGAGUUUGUGCACACGGUGGAGCAGUUUGACCCGGCAAAGAUCAGUGAGGCGACGAGGAAUAAGGUGAAGCAGAGGUACUUGUCAAACCCAAAGUUUACAUACGCAGAUGCGAUGAAUGGAAGUCAGGCACUUGGAUAUUUACAACAAUGGGUGGUAGCACAGAUGAGUACGGCUUCGGCAACAGAGAGUUUGACGGAAUAUGAUAUCGCACACUCUAAAGAGCGGGCGGCAAUAAAUGAUAUGGAAAAUCAAAUUGAGGCUUUUGAACAGACAUUACGGGAUUACAGUAAUGAAGAGGGACGUCUGCGUACAAUGCUGGGUGACCCUCCACUGGUAAUAUCAAAUGAUUAUACAAACAGCAAUAGUCAGAGCAUGAAUAAUAAUACUAGUCAUAAUUAUAAUGGUAAUAAUAUCAAUAACAGUAGUAAUUAUAAUAAUGGUAUCCCCUCAGGUCACAUAGACGUUAAUGAUAUACAAGGGGAUAAUAAGAACAAUAACAGCGUUAAUGCUCAUCCAUCCGAAAAUAUAGAACGUGUUCAUGGUACAAAUGCUGUUUGGUCUUUUUCACAACAAACCAUUGUUACCCUGCGUUCUUCUAUUCUUUGCAAUUAUGAUAAACCGGAUAGUAUGGUUCUCCGACUCACACCUGAACAGGUCCAACAAAUUGAAGAUGCCCUUAAAAGACGUGGCUCUAAUUGGGAUGAGGAGCAACUUGCAGAAGCAGAAAGACGAAAGAAAUUACAAAAGGCAUUGGAGGACCUCCGUGGGGAUCAUGCCCAAGCACUUAAACGAUUAAAUGAACUUGAAAGUGGAAAUAAUGACUUACAACAAGAACUGGAUGAUCGUAAGCGAGAAUUGGAUAAAUUGAAUCAAUUCAUUCUUGACAGUGGUGUAUCCUUACAAACACCACGGAAUUCCGCUGCCAACUCCUCACUCCGCUCAACACCAAGAGUAGGCGGUAAAUCAGGUACUGUGCCUGUACCUAACAUGGUUCCACCUCUACCAAUUCCUUUAAAUGCAACCUCUACACACAAAGGAGGAGAGGAUAUGAUUUCACCAAAGUCUAUAUUGGAACCUCAUGAAGAUGCCGAGGCGAGAAUAGAAGAAUUGGAAAGACAGCUUACACGGGCAUUACAUGAAAACCCAACAGCGGCUCAGGUACAAUUACUGGAAGAUGAUCUCCGUGCAUUGCAAGAGGAACUACGGAAUAAAAAGGAAGAACUGGAUAACUUCCGCAAUGCAAAUGUACCUAACUACUACACCUCAACAGCACUUCGUAUGGAUCAGGAGAACUCACCAGAGGCACAAUUGGCUGCAGCUCAACAGCAAAUUGAGGAACCGGAGGCCGCCCUCGGUGAGGCAUUAGAGAAUGCUAAACAACAACAACAACAACUAACAGAUGAAGAUAAAAUAAAGUUUGAUGAACUUCAAGGACAAAUCCAGAAAUUGCAGAAUGAACUGCAACAACAAAUUCGGGAUGCGGAGGCCGCUGCUGAACGCCUGAAUGAGGAAUUACAUGCCCACAAGGAUACACAACAGAAAUUAAAGGAUAAGGAAGAGGAACUAAAGGCUUUAUGGGAUAAACAAAACAACACCGAAGGGGAAACAGAAGCCACACGUGAUGCCUUACGAGAUAGCGCACAGCAAAUAGAAAAUUUACGAGAUCAACUGCGAGCAAAGGAGGAAGAGGCAAAACGAUUGGAGAAACGAUUGGCCGCUGCUCGUCGUUUACAAGAAGAGGAACAGGAACAACAACAAAAAGCCCGUGAGGAUCGGGCAGGGAAACUACACGAUGUAGUGGAGAUACUCACGCGGGAGGCCAAUCGGCAGAAGAAAGAAGCAAGUUCUACCGCCUCGGUUAUUGAAGAAGUACAUAAACUUCUUGGGAAAAGUAUAAUUAGCUAG